AUGACUUCUCGCAGGAAGAAGAGAAUAGAUCCCAUGCUUUACAUGGGUUACGCUGAUGAGAAGGAAUCUAUCGAGUCGAUUGAAGCAAAGUUCGCCAUGAUGGAAAACAAGGAAAGACAAGGUGAUUUAUCUGCCGAAGAGUCAGCCAAAUCCGUCUUUCUUGAGACAGCAACACCAGAUCAACUUCCUCUUGACGUUUGGUUUGACUUAGAAAAUUAUGGAGAAGAAGAGGAACAAUUAUUAGAUGAUGAAUUCGAACCAGGCUACUAUGACGGUGACGAAGACAUUCCGAGAUCAAUGAGGAGAUCACACUCACGCGGUUCCAGUGAAUCUUCUGGACCAAACUUUGCUAAUUUCACCCAAAUAGACCACUUAGGUUCUGGCAUUGAACUUUGGCCUGAUUACAAGUUGCGUUCUGUUGAUUGUGAGAAGAAUUCCGCAAUGAUCAGUACGGAAUUUCCAAAUGUUCAAGAAGGUCUCUCAUACGAAAGAUUCCAAGAUAUUUGCCAAAAAUGCCCAAUUACAACAAUUCGAAAGAUGACACCAAAAGCUAUUUACGAUAUUGCAGGCAACAACAUCGAUGCAAUCAUCAUGGAUGUUCCAUUUGGCCACAAUGGUUGGAAUGGAAACACAUUUUACCAAUUCCUUCGCGAAAUGAAAAAUACAAUAGGACAAUCCUUCUUCGUCAUCUGGGCAGAUCCAGAACAUCUCCCAGACGUCGUUGGAGCUUGCACACGAUUAGAAUUAAAAUUCUGCGAUUCCAUUUCAUGCGAACUUCUUACACCAACAGGAUCUCCUGUUUCCAUCAAGCUUAGAAAUGGCUUCAAUAGGGAAACAAGAAUGCUCGUAAUGUACCAUACCGACGAUAUCAGCAGAAAUGACCUUGCCCAGCAACGUAUCAAAGAUACAGGUUGGGGAAUUUCUGUUCGUGGCGGCAAAACUUACGAUAGAUUCUCGAUGCCAAUGGUCGCACAUCAAAUCAUCGAGACAAUGCUUCCACAGAAGAAGAAUAAGCGCCGCAUUUUCGUUGAACUUUGGCCAUCUACAUAUAGCAGAAGAAAUGGCUGGAUAAUGAUUAAUGAAACUGAAUAUGAAGAGUAA